GAUAUAAAAGUGCAAUUUGGAUUCGCAGCCAGCGCAGAUACAAUUGUGGCUCCGUCGAGGUUUCAGUUAGAUUUUGUAACUCAAUACCAGUGUUACCAGUGUCCCGUCGUCCAAGUGUGAUCUAGUAUCCAGCGAACGUAGCCCGUAGCAACAUGCAACUCCUUCUGGUGACGGCCACUUUGGCGAUCUGUGGUGUUGUCAGUGGACAACAGGGCGUGGAUCCCGCCUACUUGCGGCAGUACUACCAGCAGCUGCAGCAUCAGCAGCAGCAGCAGCAGGCUCAGCCCCACGACGGCACGCCCAUUUUCGAGCAGAACUCGGAGCAGACGCAGCAGUACGUGAACUCUGGCUCGCAGAUCAGGAUCAAGGACACGGUGGCGGAGCAGAUCCGAGCACAGCAGCAGCAGGGAUAUGUGGCUCCAUCGGUCAGGGACUACCAGCAAUACCAGCCCCAGCAGGCCGCUUACCGUCCACCUGCCCAGGCUGCUCCUCAGCCGCCUCGCAGGAUUCAGCAGUCCUCGUACCAGGCACCUGCCACUUCGAUCCUCGGCAAAGGACAGCACAAGUUGUCGCUGCAGCAGCAAAACGAGGAGGAGGAAUACGAUGACCAAAACUCCUCGUACCAGUUCGGAUUCGACGUGAAGGACGACGAGUUCACCAACUACCAGAACCGCAAGGAGAUUCGCGAUGGUUCGGUGAUCAAGGGCAGCUACUCGGUGGUGGAUUCCGACGGCUUCAUUCGCACCGUCAAGUACACGGCCGACCCCAAGGAGGGCUUCAAGGCCGAGGUCAUCCGCGAGCCCACCGACAUCGUGGUGAAGAUCCCCACCCCACCGCCGCCGACGCAGUUGCUCCGCGCCGGAGGCCACAAGGCCCAGCAGGAGUACAGCUCGGGACCCAGCAAGCAGCAGUACCAGCACCAGCACCAACCGCAGCAGCAGCAGCCGCAGUACCACCAGUACCAGUAGGGGAUUCGAUUGGGGCAGAUGGGAGACUCUUGUCGAAACACUCUUGAAAGUUCCGCAAGUCCAUGUAGUUUGUAAAUAUGCCGAGACUCGAUUGGCACGAGAUUAUAACGUUAUUAUACUUUAUGUCAUUCAUUUAGGUUCGAUUUGCUUGCUUAGAAUAUUAAAUUAAAUGUUUCAAAA